GUAUCUUGGACCUUUAGUUAGUAUUGAGUAUAUCUUAAAUACUCUUAGACGUCCUCUGCCUUCUAGACACCCCCUCACUCCUCACUCAAUCGCUGAGACUCCCCCUUGCUUAGAUGUCACUUCUCACUCAGUAUCUCUCAUUAAGUGAUCUUUAAAGUGAGGUCCAUCAUAGAAAAAACAGCCACGUUUCCUUAUAUUUUAAUUUACAGCUCGACAACCCAGCAAUAAUAUUGACAGACUCCCCGCCUACGAAAACCUUACACGUUUCGAUUUAAACAUUAAAAAGAAACGGAUGCUUAACUCAACCAAUUCACAAGACGAUACCAACAUUAAUUUGCUUAAUAACGGGGAAGUUUCUAUCCGUCAAAGGUCCUUCAGUUCGAAUAAUGCACCUCCAGUUAAAAUGGCUGCUUCUGGCGCUAUUAAAGUUAAGAGGAAAUUGACGACCUUGGGCCCUAUGAAGGCUAAGGAUACUGUAAAUAUAGCGGAGAAUACGGCUACAACUUCGUCGACGAUUACUACAACUACGACUAAUACAGACUCAGAUUCUGGUCGGCCCCGUUCAACCAUGGAAGAAUUAGAAAAUAUGCCUGAUGAAGUAAAUGAAGAAAGACCUCAACGGGAUGGAGAUGAGAAUGUAGAUGGAGAGGAGGAUGAUUACCCUGAAGAGCCGCCUGAAUUAAUGGCAUUGCACCAGAUGGAAAAAAGGAGAAGGAAGAAAUCUUCAAAGGGGAAAAAUGAAGGAGGGAUUGGGGAGAAUGAGGAGGGGGAAGAGAGGGAAGGGAAUGGACGGGAAGAGGAGAUGGAAAAGGAGGAGGAGGGAGAUGAACAAGAGGAUGAGGAAGGAGAGGGGUUAGAUACUGUAGGAGAUGGAAUGGAGGAUCAGAGGGAAGAUGGAAGGGAAGAUAGGGAGGAGGCUUUGGAUGAAGUGGCGAUGAAUGAAGAUGAAGACAAGGAUGAGGAUGAAGACAAGGAAGAGGAUGAUGAAGAGAAUAAUGAGGAUGAAGAUGAGGAAGUAAGGCGAAUAAACAAGGUUGAGGAUAUGAAAGAAGAGGAUGUUGAGGAACUAAACAAGAUGGAUGAGGCAGUAACCCCUCCAAUGAUCGAAGAAGAAGGACCAAAAUCACCUUCACCUGUUCAAUACACAAUUGUCCAUACGGGUGAGAGCAACCCAGAACAGGGAAAUGAAGGGGGAAUGAGUGGGGUUUACUCAGAUGAAUUGGAACGGAUAUUGUAUGGGCAGGCUGCAGUAAAGAUUCAGAGCGUGUGGAGAGGAUACACAGUCCGUAAAGGCUUCAAACACACACGUUUCUCCGAACACCCAAUCUACAUUGGAACAGGUAGUUAUGGCCCUAGGCGUCGCUCGAAGAAUAAUUUGUAUAAGCCGAACGAAAGGCAUCAUGCGAUUAUUACACGUGUUAAAACACCAAAAUCUGGGAAGAGGAAGACUUCAUUUAAAAAGACGUCUACUACCAUGCUUGUCCCCGAUUAUGGGAAUGAAACAGCCCACGAUUCGUCUUCGGAUAGAGAAGAAGCCAGUGUUACCGAGCUACUCCAAGGAAAGCAAAGAUUGGGGUGGGAAAUGUCACAAGACCACAUUGACAAAAGCCCAGUAAAUUCACAGAGAACACCUCGGACAGGUAUGUUAGUCCUCUUGUCAGUGAUAAGAUGUAUUUCAGACUAUCUCUACACCAUUACCGUGCUCACCGGAAACCGGUGGGCGGCUGAUACAGAGGCUGAUCUCUAUAUAAUAAUGGUGGGAGCGGGCGGGGUUGAGUCAGAACGAUUAUGGCUUCGACAGGAGUUCACAAAUUGGUUGCAGAGUGGGGCAAAUGGACAGCGCUUUCGACAAAACCAUUCCGACUCCUUCCAGUUCCGAGUACCCAGCAGAUUGGGAAUUUUGAAAAAAUUGACAAUUGGGCACGACUGUAAAGGAUACGGUGCUGGCAUCUUCAUUGACAGGAUAAUGGUUACUGAGGAUGAAGAAGCUAGUGAGGAUUGUCGCCAAUUUCUUUUCCUAUGCAAUAAAUGGCUUGAUUCGGGCCAAGUUGAUGGAAAAUUGGAGCGCACAAUUCGACUCAGCUCCUUCUACGAAAUUUCAUCAAUCCCUAUAGAGGAUCGAGUAACAAGUAAAUUUAAAGAUUUAAAGGGAAAGAAAUAUAAAAAUUUAAAAGGAGGUCGUUGGGAGUUAAUUCUCCAUGGAGGCUCAGAAAAGGGGUUGGGAGGAACAACUUCACAAUUAUCCAUUACUGGGUAUGGAACUCGAGCCCAGUCAACAACCUCUGGCUUGUAUGACUCCAACAUGGCUAAGGUUCCUUCUGAUGCUUUGAUACAGCUCGAUUUUGGUGACAUUGGUGAACUACUUAAAGUACGUGUUGAGAUUGAUGGAACUGGAAGCAGUCCAGAUUAUUUUCUCAAUUUUGUGGAAUUCAAGGAUCUGGACACCGAAGAACGCUUUGUGGUCAUGUGUGGAAAGUGGCUGCGUUGGAAAAGUACAAAGAAGGGGGAUCAGCCGUUUAGAGAACUCUCUGCUUUUCAUAUCGGAGUUGAACCAUUGCCUUUGAUAACCUAUGAGGGCAAAAUCAGCGUUCAAUCAACCCCCAAAAUUGAGUGUUUAGACAAUAAGGAGGUUCUAAUGGAUUUGCAUGGAGAUCUAGGAGAGACAGGCAUAUUUCGAGUAACUAUCUCUCCGCCUAUGGACUACAAAGAAAAACAAUUAAAAUCUGGGGAUGAAGAAAAUAUGCCGAUAAAUGAAGACAUUGACAAGGAGAAUGAAAAUAUUGACAUUUCAUUCAAAGUAGAGGCUGUAAGCGUCGGUCGAGUAGUCGGUGCCCGUCUUCGUUUCGAACCAAAUUCAAUUGGAGAACAAAUAGUAGAUGGACUUUUGGCCAUUCAAGGCCUAUUUCAAAAGCAAGGGCUUUGGCCCCUCUCCUCAAAUUCAGAAUUUUUGUGUGGGCGAAUACUCCUUCGAGAAUCUUACCACACCCCGUAUCGUUACGUCCUAACUCGUUCUCAAUUUCAUGAAUUAUCGGAGCAGACUCAAUUUUGUACUAAAGAGUUAUUGACAACCGAAAUGGAGGGUGUUUCCACUCGUCUACCUCGACGGAAACAAGCACCAAAAGAAAGGUCCAACUGGUUACUCCAAGUUUCCCUGGCUUAUGGUUCCACAAUUUUGCCCGAAAUUGAAUUAUGCGGGGAGAACGGCUCGAAUGUCAGAAUGCGUCCAAUGAACACAAAUUGCUCUGAUGGGAUGUUAAGCUAUCAGGUGCCGCCAAAAUCAACUCAAGAAAGAAGUGAAGAGAAUGACGAGCUUUUUGGACACCACGGGAAGAGUGGGGAGGAUGCAGAGCUCCUUGGAAAGCAAAGAGAAAGGGAAGAGAAUGACGAGCUUUUUGGACAUCACAGAAAAAAUGUGGAGGAUGCAGAGCUGUUUGGACAGCUUCGAAAAAUACGCAUCUUUAUCGAAGAUGAAGGGAAGAAACUGACUGGGGUGGAAGCUAGUGAGGAAGAAAACAAUUUGGAAGACAAAGAAGUGAAGCAACCCUUCACUAUAGUGGAGAAAAUUAGAAUUUCGGAUACUGUAAAUGGAGAUGAAAUUAGAUUCCCGGCGGCAGACUGCCAUUUACAGAAAUAUUCGGUUUAUGAAUUGUCGGCUAUUUGGCCUGAUAAACCGCCUAUUCCGAUUGUUAUCUACUUCGUUCGGAUUGUCGCCGGUGAAGCAUCCCCUCAACACCUGCCUGGCAUAAACGUACGGCUUAAUGUAUCCGGAGAAUAUGGGUAA